GGGUUACGUCACCUCCAGUUGUGCUGCCUUCAAAUGCUCCUCGUAACCCCCCAUUUGUUGUCAAAAAGCCAGUGGCUAAAAUGUCCUGUUGGUUGGGAUGUAUUUGUAACUGCACAGGCAUCGUGUUAAAUGUAAAUGAUGAUUUUGUGUUUAACGUAGCUUGUAUUAUGUAGCAUUAUAGGAGGACAAACUUGUAUUUACCAAGUAUUUAUGGGAUCAAACGUCAACGCAGCGGACAGUUAAUUCAGUCAGCGAAUAUGGAAAGCCAUUUGAGCAUUUCGAGAUCAGCUGAAAGGUCCAUGUACUAGUACAUUCUUUGUCCUCACGAGUCAAGACAAUUCGGCGCACUAGAGGAACACCUUGGGUGCAGUAGUAGAAUGUGUUUUACUAGUAACGUUUUUCCACUACUGUAUGAGGCCUCGCUAGCAGAUCUGCAUGUAAGAGUAAUUUGUUUCAUGACCACGCUUGUAACUCAAAACACUUGUAUCUCAAAUAAUUUCCUAUUGAAAUGAAAACUAUCAAUAAUUUUUCAUGAUGUUUUUACUAAAAACAACAGUACUAUUAUGCUUUAUGAAAACAAUGGCACAAACAGUUUUUGCCACAUUUUUGCUUUAAUGAACAUUGUGCCGCUCCUUGUGUGCAGGCCUUGGCCACCUGUGGGCAGAAUAAUAGAAAUACAGAUAUGUUGUACAUGGAGGCGGUCUGAGCUCCUAAAUGAAGAUUAUAACAGCUUGACACAGAUGCUAUUUGUUAGGCCGUCAAAGGCGUUUCCAAUUCUGUGUUCGUAUUAAGUUUGAGUUGAGUUGACUUGACACCAUACAGGGCUCGUAUUGUAUAUUUUUACUUCCAAGUCAAAGGAAAAACAAACAAAAAAAAAAGCUGCAAAAAGCCUCGAAUCUUGAAAAACUUGUGUUGUGUCACUCGUAUCUCAAGGCACCACUAUAGUCCAGGUUGUCACUAGUAACACAGUCAUGUAAAAAAAUUAUUAGACCACCAUUGUUUCUUCAAUUUCUUGUACAAUUGAAUGUCUGAUACCACUUAAGGUAUAUUACCUGAAAAAUACAAUGAACAUGAGAAAAAUGCAGUUGAUUCCACAAUACUUUGUCCUAUUUGACAUGCUUAAUUAUAUUCCCAGUGAUUUUGGUUACUAUGAAGAAAACCAUGGAAAGUGGCUCGAUAUCAGCUCUCAAAUUGAACGGUUAUGAGCUAUAUUUGUUGUCAUCAUUAUAUUUGUGCAAACAAAUGUACCUCUGUACCAGGCAUUAAAAAUUAACAAGAAACCGAAGAAACAAGGGUGGUCUACUAGUUGCUCAGAAAUAUCACACAGUAGUCAAAAAAAUAAAAAAAUCGUUACUUUGCUACUAGAGCGAGGAAUACUUUACAAGGGGAACAAAGAGUGUACUAGUACAUACUGAUAAUGAAUUAUUGGUACGUAUUUUGAAAUGUAACGACGUUUUCCACACGUAGGCCUUCGUUUGUCGUAUUCCCGAGUUCCCUUGAAGGCGUCAGCAGCCCAGUGCAGAGCGGACGUGCAUGAUGCUCAUCAAAGGCGGAUGGUAGCAACACAAGCACCUCGAUUGUUCUCUUCUACUACUCGAACCUCGAUGACCGCAGUCGGCCCGCUCGUGUCAACUUACUGACCAGUUUUCCUCCAUCAUAGCGGCGCUCUUUAAUUUGUCUCAAAGGCUUUCACGCCCUCGGGGAGGGUUCACGUCACCACGUUUUGUGUGUGUGUGUGUGUGUGUGUGUGUAAUUGUCACUUCCGGGGGGAGCCGCCGCCGCCGCCGCUGCUGCUGGGUUGAAUUAGCCGUUUACCGGUGAGCAAGCUGGGCUGCCUCGAUGCUCCGUGCGGGCAGGAUGGAGGAGUUUGUCACGGAGGAAGAGGAGCCAUGGUACGACCAGCGCGACUUGGAGCAAGACUUACACUUGGCAGCGGAGCUCGGCAAAACCCUGCUGGAACGUAACAAGGAGCUGGAGGAUUCCCUUCAGCAGAUGUACAUCAACAAUGAGGAGCAAGUGCAUGAGAUAGAGUACCUCUCCAAGCAGCUGGAGAUGUUACGAGAGAUGAACGAGCAGCAUGCAAAGGUUUACGAGCAGCUGGAUGUGACUGCCAGAGAGUUGGAGAUCACCAAUGAGAAGCUGGUGCUGGAGAGCAAGGCCUCGCAGCAGAAAAUAGACAGGUUGACUGGCACCAUGGAGACCUUACAGGGUCAGGUAGACAGUCUGACAGCUCGGGUGGAGGAGCUGCGAACUUUGGAGGAGUUGCGGGUCAUCCGAGAGAAGAAGGAGCGUCGCAAGACGGUCCACUCGUUUCCCUGCCUCAAAGAACUCUGCACUGCACCAAGGUAUGAGGACGGUUUCCUGUUGGCCAACCCUGGCAGCGUGGACCUCGCCGAGAGGCAGCCGGCCGAGAAGGAGAAUGAGCGCCUGAGGGACAUCGUGACGUCGCUGCGUUCGGCGCUGGUGGCAGAGCGCUCCAAGAGGGAGGGCGCCGAGCGGGAGUGUGCCGGCGUGCUGCAUGAGUUCGACCGUCUAGAGCAGCGUCUGCUCGGAGCCGAGGGCUGCCAGCUGCGAGUUCGGGAGCUGGAGGCGGAGCUCCAAGAGAUGCAGCUGCUGAGGAAGUCCAGGGCGUGUCUGAUGGAGGAGGGCAUCGAGACUUUGCUCGGUAACGGCCCCGAGACGGACACCCCGGAUGAAGCCGCCGUCGUGGACGCGGGAGGAGAAGUUGGUGCCGGUGAGCAGGGAGGCCCUGUGAGGAAAAGCUGCAGCGACACGGCCCUGAACGUCAUCACGGUCCGUGACCCCCCGGGUAGACGCCAGGCGGGGCGCAAACGAGGCAUGUCCAUCCUAAGUGAGGUGGACGAGCAGUACCACGCCCUGCUGGAGAAGUACGAGGAGCUCCUGGGAAAGUGCCGGCGCGACGAAGAGAGCCUGUGCCACGCCGAGGUCCAGACGUCACGCCCCGUGUCCAGGGACCCCUCCUUGAAGGAAUACAGCAUGGCCUCUUUGGGGGCGGCGGCCGCGGUGGUCGGCUCCCCUCCCACUCCCCCCCAGACCCCGUCCACGCCAGAGGCCCUGGAGGGCAUCAGCAGGCACGUGGAGCAAGUGGACAAACGUCUGAGCCAGAACACGCCCGAGUACAAAGCGCUCUUCAAGGAGAUCUUCUCCCGCUUGCAGAAGACCAAGAGCGACGUGAGCGCCACCAAGGGCAGAAAAAGUGGCAAAUGAGCCGUUUUGUGCAGUUAAACAUCCAUUUUCUAGUGUGCCUAACCUGACAAGGGUCACACGUGAGCUGGGGCCUGUCCCAGCUGACUUUGGGCGAGAGGCAGGUAGACAAUUUCGAGUCCUUGAUGAACCCAACAUGCAUGUUUUUGGAAUGUGUGAGUAAACUGGAGAAAACCUAUACGCAAGCACUGCCUCUUGCCUGCUGACAGUUGGGAUAGACUCCAGUUCACCCACGACCCCGAUGAGGAUGAUCACUAUAAGAAAUGAAUGGAUGGAUGAUUAUUUAUAAGAUGCUUGAUUUUUCCGCAAUUCUACUAAGUGAUCGCCUCAAGAAAGUUCGUUACAGGAUAUUCCAAAUGCUUCUCAUUUAACUCGUUGUGCGACGUCAAGCAAAUGAAACAAAGCAGGUUCUAGGGAUGUGCUUAAUAUGAUUGACUGAUAUGUGCAAAAAUUUGUUUUUUCUGGUUGAGCUUUAUUAACGCACUCAUGACUUAAUGCCUCAAGCUGUGUGGUAACGAAAUAAGUUUCCCAGGCGUUGAGACAAGUUACUUAUUUUGUUAGAAAAAAAAUCCCAUGGAAUACCAACAAACUCCAUCAAGUAUAUAGACAGAAGUAACGAUCUCAUCUCACUUUACUCACAAAUGUGUAACUGAACAUGAAUGGCAGCAGGUGAUUACACAGGUUAGUUGUACCUUCUGCCAUCUUUUGAAAGAACAUUUAAUUGUUCUGCCUAACCCUAAACUUAACUAGCAUUGAUAAAUGAACAAAGAUACAUUUGUAGUAAAUAAGUCCUAAGACGAAUGAUGUGAAAUUGGAUAUUUUCCUGUGGCACGGGCUGCGAAUCACUGCUUCUCAUUGAACAUUCUGAAUUCUCUUGAAUAGGUGGAUUUAAAUCUGCCUUCUCCCUCAACUGUUUAAUGAGGCUAACUUUUCCCACAAUAACUGCCAAACUGUACUGCCUUUUUCUCCCUAGCAUGCAUUGCAAGACAAAUGUUUUUUGUUCACUUCACAACAUAGAUGAUCAAUUUACUGCUAAUUAAAAGAAAGAAAGCAUUUAACAAGUUUUUGUUUCCUUUGAUGAAAGAGGACACAUUCAAAUUCCAACAUUUUAAUGUCAUCACAGGAGAUCAUUAUACUGGGCAGCGUGUAGCAAACACUGAUUCAAACAUCACCCAAACACCACAGAGAUCUGAAUGAAGCUGCAGGCUCUGUCUCUGUAAGAAAAACAACAAUAUGGGACUGCUCAGCACCACGUAUGCUUGCUUGGUGGUAGUAGACCUCAGUGGUUAAGACACCACUUGGGAGUGUGUAUGCAUUGAGGAACUGCAGGCACAGUCAGGGACGGGAGUAAUAAACUGUAGGAGCGCAAAGUGAGGACAGGGAGCAUGUUUGCCUCCUCUAGACA